CCUCUUCGUUUGGAAAACAGAAUUUUCUCAGUAUGUCCAGGACUGCCCAACAAAGAGGUCAUGGAUUGUGGUUUUUCCUUUUAUUUUUAAUGUGUUUAUAGUUUACGUUUAUCUUUUUUAAAAUCCAUUUGUUAAUAAUUCUCACUUUUUUAAGAUUAACUGACAAAAUAAGAAAUUGUAAAUUGGAACAUAUAUUUCUUCUCUCUUUAAAAGAACGUUAUUUCUACAUGAGAAUUUCUAAAUGCCUUGAAAAUACUUGAAUGUAUCCAGGCCCUUCAAGAACUUCAACAACCUUGCACAUUAUUCAUUUUUUUUCUACAGAAGCGAGCCAUGACAAUUAUCAAGGAGAUGGAAAGCGACGACAGAUGUACGCGCAUGGUGCCAAGUGAACCGGAGCAGGAAUCGCCACAGUUUCUAGUGGCAUUGGCAGUGAACAUAAUCGUGUUCUCUGCAGGAGCUACGGUGGCUUGGAGCUCCCCAGCGCUGGCCAGAAUGAGGUCUCCUAACGCGACGCUGCCGUUGACAGCUGAGGAAGCGUCUUGGGUCGGAUCCAUCCUGGCUAUGGGGGCCUUCCUCGGCUCCAUCCCCGCUGGGUCGAUGGUGGACUUCUUCGGCAGGAAGUGGGUCAUUAUGAGCAUAUCAGUUCCUAUAAUGAUAUCCUGGAUUCUGGUGUAUUGCGCAACGACAGUCAACAUGAUCUGCAUCGCUAGGUUUAUUGCAGGGAUUGCCGUGGGUGCUGUGUAUGCCACGGUUCCAGUGUAUCUUGUCGAGAUUGCAGAAGACAGCACUAGAGGUUCCCUGGGAGCGAUGUUCCAAUUGAUGUCAUCUAAUGGAGGACUGUAUGUAUACAUAAUUGCAGCUAUAUUCCCUUAUACAGAAUUGCCACUACUUUGUGGACUCCUAAACAUUAUGUUCUUAAUAUUCUUUUUCAAGGCCCCUGAAAGUCCUAUCUAUCUAAUUCAGAAAGGUCGCAGGAGUGAGGCCACAGACGCACUUAUUUAUCUUCGAGGAAAACAACACAACAUCCACAAAGACCUUGAAGAAAUGGAGGAAGAAAUCAACUCGAAUAUAGCAGAGAAGGGAACCUUCUUAAAAGAGCUGUCGAAAAGGUCCAACGUCCUUUCCUUGCUGGUAUGCCUCACACUAGUGUUCUUCCAACAGCUCAGCGGCAUCAACGCCGUAUUCUUCUUUCUAGAGGGUGUCUUUCAAGACGCGGGUACUUUUGAGCCGGCGAUACCCACGAUCAUAGCCGGUGUAGCUCAGACGAUAGCCAACUUCCUAUCUACGGUGCUCAUCGAUUUCACGGGUCGCAGGAUCCUACUCCAGAUCUCUUCGACGAUGAUGGCCGUCUGUAUGGCCAUUCUAGGCUACUACUUUCACGAGAAGACCAAAGGGUCUGAUGUCACAGAGUUCGGUGCUGUACCACUCAUUGCGGUGGUUGCCUUCAUCUUUAUGUAUAGCGUCGGUUUUGGACCAAUCUCGUUCCUGAUGUCCGGUGAAAUACUACCUCCUGAAAUAAAAGUCACCGGGCUGGGUAUAGUAUCCAGUUUCCAAUGGAUCUGUGCGUUCGCUGUGACUAAGGCUUUUCAACCAAUCAACGAUGCUCUGGGACCAGCAACAUCAUAUUGGAUCUUUGCAGCCAUUUGUGUAUUAGGUUUCUUCUUUUCAACCUUCAUCAUCAUCGAGACAAAAGGAAAGAGUUUCCUCGAAAUUCAAGAGGAAAUGUUUGGACAGAAAUAUGAGAGAAUAAAAAUAAUAAAAUCGAACGGAAUUAUCUAACGCUACUAAUUUAUUACAAACAAAAAUAAUUUUUUUCCGAGACAACUUAAGAUUAAAUAUGUUUACUUUAAGGCUUUCAAGGUUUUUUAUCUCUCUUUAUCUUUCAAAUACUGUUGAUUUCUUUAUUUGCAUUUCAUUUCACUGUUCCCGGUGCAUUUUUUUUUUUUUAUUCUACAGAACGGUUUUGAUAAUUCGAUCAGAAUGUUCGGUUUAUCAAAGGCUAUAUUUAAAAUGAUGGAACAAUUGCAGAAGGGAUCGAAAAAAUAUAUAUUAUCAGUGAAACAUAAACACAUUACCAUAAAAACAAGAACAAUUUUUAAAAUGAUUAUAUAACAAACGAACGUUGAGUCUCUGAUUUUGUCGCUAAAGAAAAUACCUGAUUCCGCAAAUUCUUAAUAGUAAUUUGGCAGUCGGCUUUGUUACUAUUCGUUCCUCUCCAAGCUAGUAUCAAAUGCUUUUAUUUUGUUUCUACGAUUUAUCUCUAAUGAAAAAUAAAAUAGGUGUAAAGAAAUUUUUCAGUGAAAUAAAAAACAACAUUAAAAAUUUGUUAGAUAUAUAAUUUAUUUUUUUAAAUAAUAAUCAGCCACUGUUGGAGUGCAAUAAGCAUUAAGACUAAAAUUUCUCAUUCAUACAGAAUAUACAAAUAAUAGAGAAAUAACUAUAAAUAUAUCUUUUUUAGUAACAUAGUUUAAUAUUAAUAUUUUUAAAAAAUGUGUAUUUAUUGGUUUAUGUGUAUUUAUUUAUGUACAUUGUUGACAAUUUUAUAUUUUAUAUUAAUUUGAUAAUUGAAACUAUUUCAACUGUCUGAUCUUUACCGAAUAUGAUUUUUAAUUUAUGCUCAUGAGUGUUGUAAUAUAUGUUAUGUAGUAUAAAGAGGAAUUUGUAUUUCGGUAAGGAUAAUAAUGUUUAUUAUUUUGUGAUAGACUCCAUUUGUAUAGGGUAAUACCCUUAAAUCAAAUAAAGAUUGAAUUUAAUUGAACGUAUCUUUUUUAGAAGUUAUCAAUCCAAAAAUGUGUUUUAUUAUCCUUCUUAAAAAGUUAUUAAAGAAAAACUUUGACUUUUCAGUUAACGUAUUGGACACUCUGGUUACCUCUGAGACAAAAACCACAUAUUAAAGAGAUUCCUCAACUUCUGGACGACCGCCUAGUGUUAAUGUAGUAGACGCCUAGACCGUCCUGUAUUCCUAUCCGGAGAAAAUUAACUCUUCACAAUUUGAACUACUAGUAACAAAAGAAACAACAAGGUAUCUGCUUUAGACCACACGAUAUAAGUGAAAACACCAACAAGGCGACAUUAAUGAUAUGAAAUAUAAAUUACAAAUAAUAGCUCAUUAUAAAGAGGAUGAAAUGUUGAACAUUUCCUUCGCUUACAGUAUACAGGUUCAAUUUUUAGUUUCUGAAAUAUUUUAAUCCAUACCUGCCAUAAAACUCGUUAUCAUUUAGUUUUCG